UUCCCGCACUUCAAGGUACUACGUCACGAAUAAAGAAUUAGACAAAAGACUUUGUAACGAAUAAACCUUUUUGGACUGAUAGAUCUGAAUCUGGUAACAAAUGCUGAGAACCUUAGUUGAUUUCUACGUGAUUCUUUAGCUUUCAUCGUGCUCUCUAAGCCAUUUUAACUGAUUCGCUAUGAUUUGCUUCAAUUGCUUUACGUAUGAACUGCGUGGGCCGAUUAUUUAAACAUACAUUUUUUUCUGCGUUUGUCAUGUCGUUGUAUGAUUGAACCGGGUUUGAAACAAUUGCCCCAAAACUGCUGCACCUAUUCAGCAAAUACAAGAAGGAACACCCCGAAUGUCGUCCGCCUUUAAUUGUCAUUUCUGAUAGAAGGCGCGGCUGUCGGUUGACGUAUGGUUGUACACAUGCUUGCUCAGAGCAUAAAAAAGGUCGAAGUCUCCUCGUUGUUUUUCUUUCUCGUCCUUUGUCCAGUUGAGGUGUCAUCUCGUGGUUGGCGUUAAGCGCAGCGGCGUCACUGUUUUUCAGCUCCACGAAUUAUUCACUGAUGAAGAUCCUUAGUGUGUCGAUUCUCUUCGCUGCUGUCCUAGCAACUUGUACAGGUACGAUGCCAUUUAAAGAUCAGUGUCUUUAUUGGCACAACUACUUCAGGACACUUCACCAGGUUCCCAAUGUCACGUGGUCGAUGAGCCUCCAAAAAGAGGCGGAGGACUGGGUAAAGUAUCUUGCAGAAAACAACAAGUUUCACCACAGCUCGAAGAAUCCUGGGAACUUGUAUCUGUCAGCGUACAAACCCAAGGAGUAUUGCAGUGAUGCUAUUUGGUGGUUCCAUAACGAAGAAAAGUUUUACAAUUACAGCAAUCCUCGCUAUGUCAGAGCUGCUGGACAUUUCACUCAGGUGCUUUGGAGAAACUCGAAACAGAUCGGUGCCGCCUGGGCCAUCCGUAAAGACAACAGGCUAGUUAUAUCGAUCAAAUACCAUCCUGGCGGAAACUACAUCGGUUACUUUGGAAGAAAUAUCUUUCGCCCAACAGCAGCUCUUCUAGGACCCGAAUGGCCGCAUGUUCCUCCUAAAUUUGCUAGGUGUCCUGCAGCUGCAAUAAUCACACCGGAACCGCCAACCACGGCACCAACCACGGCACCAACCACCACUCCUGACAUGGGAGGUACGAUGCCAUUUCAACAUCAAUGUCUUUAUUGGCACAACUACUUCCGCACCCUUCAUCAGGUUCCCUUUGUCACCUGGUCGAUUAGCCUUCAAAGGGAAGCGGAAGACUGGGUCAAGUAUCUUGCAGAGAAUAACAAGUUUGGCAUUAGCAAGACCAAUUCUGGGAACUUAUACAUGUCAGCGUAUAGACCGAGGGAAUAUUGUAGUGAAGCUGUUUGGUGGUUCCAUAGCCAAGAAAAGUAUUAUGAUUUCAGAAAUCCUCACUAUGUCAAAGCGGCUAGCAACUUUACCCAGAUGGUUUGGAAAAACGUGAAACAAAUCGGUGCUGCUUGGGCAUUCCGUAAAGACUACAGGCUUGUUGUAGCAAUUAAGUACAGUCCUGAGAGUAACGAGGAUGGCAAUUUUGAAGAAAACGUUUUUCCUCCCAUCGCGGAAACCCUGGGACCAGAAUGGGCGCGGAAUCCCCCUGAAUAUGCCAGGUGCCCCAGGGAGAACAUACCAUCACAGCCUCCCACGAACGCAACCACGAACGCAAGUAAGCCUCACGUAAAAGGGGUAGCGAGGAAGACUGGGUCAAACCUGGAGCUCUUCAUUGUCUCUGUUAUCCUUGCUGGUUUAUUUUCGUAAAUGGCAGUUAACUUUGAGCGACGAGAAAAACCUGUUUGUUUGCCGAGGACACUUAAAAUGCAGACACCCUACUCCCUACAUGUCUUACAGUGGAACUUCAUGUGAUUUUUCGUAGAGAACAGUUGCUACUGUUAUUCUUACACUGGGCUCCAAAACCCGGUACAAUAUUUAAUUUAAAAGUUAUUUAUUGAGAAAGGAGCUUAAAGGUUCAGUUGCAGUGCAAUCAUAAUAAUUAUAAGAACAUAAAUUCUAGCUCUCGGGCUAUUAUUGCACAUUUAGUCUGCUAAUAGACCUUCCCCGCGUUUCAUAUCAUUUACAUGCAUUUCCUGUAUUUUUGCACACCCUGAAAUCGACCCGACUCGGUGCCCUUGGUGGUUAAAAUGAAGGUAAAGUCUGUUUCCGUUAUAUCAUGUUUUUGUUUGAAAGAUCUGGAAUUCUUUAAAGCUAACAGACAUAUGACACAAAGUUGGUCGAGAGGGGAUUCCAAGAUAGACUCUCUAUUUGAUCUUAGUAGUUUUAUAUUUUGAACCUUUUUAAGGACGUUCGCGCGAAAAUUUUCCAGUGGAUAGAUUUUUUUUUAAAUUUUACGGUAGUCAGAUAAUGA